UCGCCGAGAAUAUUGCCAUCCAUUGCAAAUGCAGAGAAUCAUGGCAAAAUUAUUCUUAUGGUUUUACUACCGAAACAAUGCCUAAUGAGACAUGUAACUUGCAUUUGAACAAACUCUCUUAUAUUUAAACCAAUCCCACAAUAAGCUGAGGCAAUUUUCGCGUAAUGAAUAUAAUUCGAAAGCAUAAACAACGUCGGAAUACGAGACUUCGAUAGCCGUGUUAUUUAAUAAUUAAAGGACUUCAGCGAGUGCGUGCGCCGAGAUCCUUAAUAAAGAACCGUGUAAGCCGCCAAUUCCGCCGGCAAUAAAGUUAUUAACAAGUGGUGUUUGCAUAAUUUACUCCCAAAAACUGUGGAAACCGAACACUAGAUUGACUUUUAAAAGCUGUGCCGCAGUGCGCAGAACGUUUUCGAUUGCCAGCGCAACUUCGGCGUCUUUAACUAGCACAUAUGCAAGAUAAUCAUGUAAAGAAAUCGUCACACGAAUAUGUGCUUGUGCUGGUAGGCAGCGAUGUAAAUAAAAUUUAAGCUGCUCCCGAGUAAAAUCUUACCGCAAAGUAAAAAAAAUCUAACGCCGAAGUGCCACUUGUAGCAAAAGUACGCAGACAGCGAAGUCUCAGCACGAACCGUAGAGAACUGAGCGUAGGUCUGCGGUCUGCGAGUUCUCCAAGUCCACCCGCCAAGACGCUACGAUGCAUGCAUCCUCCGCGGCGGCCACCGCACUUGUGGAGUACUCGGACGUCAGUUCAGAGGACUUCUCGGAUCAGGAGGCAGGGGACUUGGAUGCGGAUGCCGGCAAGGGAGCUGGAAACAUCAAAAAACCGAAGCCAGCUCCGGAUAAUCAGUUCUCCAAAGGUCGUCUUGAUGCUAAGCCCGAUAAAGAGAGUUAUGAUAACUACAGAAGUAGAAGGGCGGAAGACUCAAACGACCCAGUUGCGGCCGGAUCGAGGCAAACGUCGAGCAGCGAGGCCACGAAUCCGCGGGAGGAACCUUCGCAGGCAUCCAACACCUCGAAAGACGAGCUGUGGGGCAGAGAGAUCUACAUGUCCAGCGAUUCUAUCGACACCGAUGAGCUGGAGGCGGAAAUGAAGCGGCAGAAGCGCAAAAAGCAGAAAAAGGAUAAACACAAGCACAAGUCCAAGAAAAAGUCAAAGAAGCGCAAAAAGAAGCGGGCCAAGUCGUACUCCAGCAUCGAUUCGAUGUCAGACAAUGACAUCAAUGCCUUACUGGACCGGCGCUAUACUCCGCCGACGGCUCCUAGCAAGAGCAAUGAGCGGACGGUUAGCGCAGCGCCGUCCUCCUUCACCCCACACAACCUCAAGGAGAGCAGUUCGCCAGCCACUCCACCGCCAGUGCGUCGCCCCAAUACCAACAGCAACUACUACGGCGAGUCGUCCCUGGAGACGGCCAACUCUGCACUGGGCAGCAACCUGCAGGUCACAGUUACGAACAAGCAGUCGAUCAGCAGCCGGCUUCGUUCUCCUCCACCGUCCUCCCGCUCCAGCGGCAAUGGGCCGAGGUUUGGAAACUCCCCGCGAACUCCACCGCCCUCUCACUACAGCUCCAGUGGCGGAGGUGGAGUUGGCAGUGGGUCAGUGGUCCGCGAUUCACGCAGCUCCCGCUAUAUAAAUAGUCCCCACAAAGAGGAUGUAAGCGCGCAUCACCGCUCUAGCCACGAUCACGGAUAUCAGGGACGUUACUCUGGUGCUGGCUCGAGCAGUCACGACAGCAGGAAGGUGAAACGACUGUCGCCGGAGCUGGACCGUUACAACCAUCAGCCAAGCACGCCGCCCCACAAGCGUCGGAAGUUUAGCGAUGGCAGGGAAGUGGGACUCGGAAACUUUGAGCACAGUAGACACCACUCUGGAAAGUACGAACGAUACAGCAGAGAUCGAUAUUCUAGGCGGUCAUCAAGGAGCCCUAGUGUGCAGCACUCGCGAAGUCGGCAAUCUCCGGGCGGUGGCCUGUCAAGUGGUUCGAACGCGUUUCGCCAUGGUGGCAGUCACAAACACAAGUAUGGGACCACGGUUAGCUCGACGCCGUCGCAUACGACGAGGUCCUCAAAACGCGCUUCGGGAACUGGUACCUCUGGCGAUCGUUACUCGAGGUCUCCCAGAACAAGUUCGCGAUACAUGGAGGCAUCACCCCCAUCGCCAGUCGGAGCUUCCGGUUCUCAUCACUAUCAUCAUCGCCGUUCGCCAAGAAUGCGCCAAAGGACCAGAGGCGGCAGUCGUCGUCGUUCGCCCAGUUCGGCCAGCAGCGGAAGUUCUGCCUCUUGCAGCCGAUCGCCAACGUCAAGGGAUCUAAAGCACAAGCGCGAAGAGUACAUCAAGAAGAUCAGUGAGACUAGCCUAUUUGCCGAGCUGGUGAAGGAUCGUCACAAAAGGCAGAAGGCGCUGAAAGAAAUCAUUGAACGGCAAGAGGAGAACAGCAAUAGCAACAGCAACGGUGCACUGACUAUUAACGACAACAGUUCCUCCGUGGAUGGCAAUACACCCAACGCGGGUGAUGGCCGAUCUGCCCCUGGAAGUGGAACACCCGCAACGGCGUCAACAACUUCCAAUGGGCUUCAAGUUUUGGGUAGCAAGCCGGAUCUGGACCUCAACAACAUUCCCAUGCCAAACAAGCAAAACGAUACUGUGGUUUCAAAUCCGGCUACAAACGCCGAUGUUCCGGACAGUGCCACGCCGUUGAAGCAACCUUUGCUGGUGCCACCGUUCACGGCUAAUAAGAACAACAUAAAACCGAAGAGUCUGACUUCUUUGCCGCUGCCGCCGGGUAUGAAUGUGCUUGACUUGGCCGGUGCAAGGUCUCCCUCGCCGGGGCAAAAGAAGGAAUCGGACGAAAAGAACGUUACUUCAAGCGGCAGCGCCAACAAGAGCGUGCUUAAUCUUCCUAUGCCGCCAGUAAUUCCCGGCAGCGAAGAGCUUAGUGGCGAUGAUGAUGUUAUCGACAGUCCUGAAGACUUUGAUGCACCCGCUGUUGGCACUGUACACGGUCACGGUGGUGGGGCAGGGACGACUCGUCAGCGCCCAGUGAUACUCAACCGUCGAGACUCGCGAAACAACGUUCGCGAUUGGGGCGAGCGCUGUGUGGAUGUUUUCGAGAUGAUUGCGCAAAUAGGGGAAGGAACUUACGGACAGGUCUACAAGGCGCGGGAUCACCAUACCAAUGACAUGGUGGCUCUGAAAAAGGUUCGGCUGGAGCACGAGAAGGAGGGCUUUCCCAUUACAGCUGUUCGUGAAAUCAAAAUUCUUAGACAACUUAACCAUCGCAACAUAGUCAACCUGCAUGAAAUUGUGACGGACAAGCAGGAUGCUGUGGAGUUCCGUAAAGACAAGGGAUCCUUUUACUUGGUGUUUGAGUACAUGGAUCACGACUUGAUGGGUCUGCUGGAGUCUGGCAUGGUCGACUUCAAUGAGGAAAACAACGCAAGCAUUAUGAAGCAACUCUUGGACGGCCUCAACUACUGCCACAAAAAGAAUUUUCUUCAUCGAGACAUCAAGUGCUCGAACAUUUUAAUGAACAACAGAGGUAAAGUAAAACUGGCUGACUUUGGGCUGGCACGACUAUACAAUGCGGACGAUCGGGAACGCCCCUACACGAACAAAGUUAUUACCUUGUGGUAUCGUCCUCCUGAACUUUUGCUGGGUGAGGAGCGUUACGGCCCGUCGAUAGACGUGUGGUCCUGCGGGUGCAUCCUCGGAGAACUCUUUGUGAAGCGGCCCCUGUUCCAGGCUAACGCGGAAAUGGCGCAGCUUGAAACGAUAUCAAAGAUCUGUGGAUCCCCGGUUCCUGCCGUGUGGCCGAAUGUAAUUAAGCUGCCUCUGUUCCACACUCUCAAACAAAAGAAGACCCAUCGCCGCCGUCUACGGGAAGACUUUGAGUUCAUGCCAGCCCCUGCACUUGAUCUGCUGGACAAAAUGCUUGAUUUAGAUCCGGACAAGCGCAUCACAGCUGAAGAUGCGCUCCGGUCGCCGUGGCUAAAGAAAAUCAACCCCGACGAAAUGCCAACGCCACAAUUGCCCACGUGGCAGGACUGCCAUGAGCUUUGGAGUAAGAAGCGCCGUCGGCAGAUGCGGGAGCAACAGGAGUCGCUUCCUCCUACGGUGAUAGCCUCGACCAAAUACCAACAGCAUGGAGCUACCAUGGUGGGGGAUGCUUAGCAUUUGCUGUUUGCUUCGCUACUUAAUGUGAAGGAGAGCUACAAACAGCGUGUCGGCGAGGAGUGUUCCUGGUGGCACUAGUAACUAGCCGUAACUAGCAAUAACGUAACCAAUAAGGGAUUCUGUUAUCCCUGGACAGGGUCAGAAUAGGUUGACUUAGACUUGCUCUAGCUCUGUCGAGUUUAAGACAGCUUCAAUAAAUUCUUGGCUACAUUUAUAAAAUGCUUUAUAUGUUGGGCAAAUUGAAUCAAUCGCUGUAUAAACGAGAUGUUAUAUAUUUGCAAAGAUACAUAUUUUAAAGAUGAUUUUAUACAUAUUUUACUAUUCAAUUUAAUUUUUAUUAGUUUUUUUUUAAUUUGGAAUAAAUUGGCAAUCUGAAGACAACGUGCAUGAUCGAGAAUGAAAACUUCGCGUAACGAAAUUGUAAACUGUUAACUCAGUACGUAUUCGCAACAGCAAAGGCGAUUUGUAAGUGACCAUGUUUCAAAGCUACGAAAUAAGCAUAUAUAACGAGCAGUUAAAGAUUAGCAUUUUAAUUAUAAACAACUUGUUAAAUAAUAAUAGACUACAGAUAGUGUAUUGACUAGUUUAGUUUAUUGUUAAGUAUGUAAGAAAAUUGUAAAUUAUAAAUGAAUUUAUCAAGUAAAUAUGUACUAAUGUACCAUGUAUUUACCCAAGAGCAGGCAUUUGAUAAGUUUAUAUUUUAAUAUGAUGUUAGAACGCACACAGCAUCAGAUUUACUUAGCAUGAUGUGCGUGAGACUGAAAUCAAUUCACUUUAAAUUGUGUAAAUAGGUUGAACAUUUCUAACAUUACACAAGAUCAAACAAAAUUACAAUCUCCAAAUGCAAAUCAAACUGACUAAAUUCAUUAUUGGUACAUAAAAUCCUACCCAAAUAAAAUUUAAACAUACGAA